CCCAGUGUUGAUUUACUGUUCAUGAAAUUGGAGAAACGGCUUUGUUUCGACACGUUCCUUUCGGCAAAAACCGCGGCUCAUGUGCCCUGGUUUUCGUGCAGUUCCGUAAAUGAGUUGUGUGGCCGUACGAGAGACGUUGAGACGCAGCAUUGGUCGUUUCCUUAAAUCAGAAGGCAACAUUUCCCGAAUUGCUGUGGCAGUUGCGAUUCUGCGUAGUGUAACUUCACCAAGUAGUGUCGCAUCUCGCGUAGUUUGGAGCAACGUGGUUGCGGAAGACAGUGUAUUUGAGGCAAGCAAGCUGCCGAUCGCCGUCGCGUCACCGUGGACUUCUGUCCUGUCUCUCCUGAACACACAAGCAGUUCCUUGAUGUAUAAAACCUGGUGGGCAUUUGGACGAGAUGCCGGUCUUAAGGGCUUCUUGCAGUGUGCGCCACCGUUGCGCUACCAGAGGAAAGUGUUUUGUGUUCAUUUCCUGAUGGCGUCUUGUCAUUAUUUCUAUAGUCGGGCUUCUGUCGGUUGCUGCAGGCGAACUUUUGUGUCAUCAACCACGCUCGCUGUCCUUCUUCCGACCACUGUGGCUAUUCGGUACCAUUCUGAAUGGGUCUUCUCAGCAUCAUCACUCAAGGACACGGUAGUUUGUUCUUAAUGACAGUUAUUCGUGGAAUGCGUUUCUGCUGGGGUUCUGUUAAAACUGCCACGCGUUUUGUGCCUGUUUUUCACUCCUCGUACCUACAGUGGAUACAGGGGAAGAGGGUGGGAACGUGAAAGGGGUCGUGUCUUUGGAGGGGUUUUCUGCGAGGUGUGAUAAGGUAUCUCAUCCGUGUUUCAAGAUGCAAAGUGUUCGUCUUCCCUGGAAGAGCGUCGCACCAAGAUGUUUUGAGAGAAGUGGCCGAGCCUUGGCACUCGAAGCCUCUCGUGCAUCGGUGAGAGCUCAGGACUGCAGAUGCCUCAGCCGUCUCUCCGCGCACCCUGCCGCAUCUCAGACUCGUGAGGAGCUCGUAUUGGUUGGCGCUGCCUCACGAGAAACCACUCGAUUCUCCCAGGGCGCCGUUUCGUCUGUUAAAAAUAGACCAGACGGCUACUUCGCCGACGAAUCGACUCUAGAAACACACGCGAGGCCCUCGAUACUCAAAGCAAGAGUCGAGGCAAGUUGCGAAAGCGUGGGUAGUGGCGGUCCCCAUUUCUUAAAAACGGUUAACUUGGACAGUCGGCCGACUUCUCAUAGCGACCAUGCUAAACAUGAAGAUGCCGGCGCAAAGGCCGAAUCCAAGAACAACGGAAUACAACGAGGAACGCGAAUUAGGUUGAAGCAGCUUGAUUUACACGCAUCCGUCAGAAGAAGCAAAUCCGUUGAGGAAGUGCUGGAAAUUUGUGCGCAGUUUUUGAGGGAAGUAAAAGAUGAGAUCGGAGACUGUUGCCAGACGGACGCCACCAGGCGCGAAGAUAGUCGUCACAGGCGUUCGGCGAUGAACUGGCAAACGCGCGAUCUCCUGAGCACAGAUCCGGCAAAACCCCCUACGGAAGGGAGCAACUUCGUCGCUAGGAUUCCCCGUCAAUUCCUGGACAUCCCUACGUUGGCGGUGUCUCGACCGAUGGCCGUGGAAGAGGAAAGCCCAUCGAAUGAACAUGUUUCGUCUGGCGACUUGAGACGCUUGCCUUUGUCAGCGUCUGCGCUUCGGUCACUCCAUGCAGACGACCGGCAUGACUUAAAGACUCCUUCUGUAGCGGGAACAGAGCAGUUUCCUUCUCCCUCUCAGUGUACUUCUGCAGACAGUACGCUUGUCGGUGCUGCAUCCUCUGUAGACGUCUCUCCUCGGUCUUCUGCUUCACCUCUGGGUCUUAUGGGUGUCUGCUCUCACCUGGCUUCGGAUUUCGGGUGGAUCAAUUCUGCGCACGUUCUGCACCGUCUCGCACUGCUUUCUUCCGACACCACCGAGCGCAAUCGAUGGAAGACUGCUCACGAAUCCCUACAGCAGACGAGGGAGAAUCUCGGGGUGCAGCAGUUGAGACGAGCACGCCGGAUCAUUAGCUCCGGAGGCAGCACCGACGCCGACAGACAAAGAGCUGAUAAAGCUACACGGCCCUGUAAAGUUACGAAAAAAGGAGCUAUUUCCAAAGAAGGCAGGCCAAUUGUGUCUGCCUUCUCACAAGCCAGUGCAGCAGUAGAAUUCUUCGCUUCCCUGGAAUCGGAGGAGCAAGCAGCUACGCCGCCUCCAGCUCAUACUAGGAAAGACUCCUCAGGUACAGACCUACCAAUUUCGGACAUUGCGGGAAUCAAAAUACCCCCGGAAUUCAGUGGGACCACCUCGAGAGCUGUGGGCGCAGAUGAACGUUCAUCUUUCCAGACACCCGAGGUAACAAUCACUUCAGCACCCCGUUUCGCAUUGGAGACAGUUCCCGGCACCUCUCAAGUUCCCUUCAUCAAAGGCGUCCGGAAUACUGCUCCUCAACGGCUUCAAGAACAGCCCCGCUUGGAUGCGCCUCCAUAUGACCAAACGAACAAGGGAAGCGGGUUACUCUUCGAAACACCUGGAGACGUCGCACUCGAAGGGAGAGAAGCGAUUGAGAAGAGAGAGCCGACGGCUGCCCAGCUUCGAUUUGUCGCAUCCCUUUGUUGGGCUUGCGGGAAACUACGGCUUCCAGCUGCUUUGCGGGAGAGUCCCACUGCUGAACUGCAGAACUCCAAUGACAAUGCUCGAAAUGGGCCUCUCUCCGACUUUCACGUAGGACUGUCACUACCGUACUGCAACCGGACCCAGCGAAAUGCAAGGCUCGGUGAAGAGGCCACCCACAAUAACUUGGAAAACUCUGCGGCAAAUGCGCAUUCCUUUUCGGUUCGCGGUGCUCAGCCGUCAGAGAGAAGCUCCAAUUCGUCCCAGUGUAUGCGCCAGGGGACGAGAGACUGCUCUCCAGGCCCGACCUUUGGUGGUACAGACACCUUGUCUGUCCCUUCGCGAGUAGACCCCAUGGGAGGAAGGCGCCUUUACUCCGAAAUAGUCUCCCUUCUCGAGAAGUGCGUCCUGCGGUGUCUCCCUUUUUUUCGUCCGCGGGAAUUGUCGCUUGGACUCUGGGGCAUUGCUCAGUGCCACGCUGCAAGAGCUGCUUCUUCAUCAAUCGAAGACGGACGAGGUCGGAGUAUGCUUAGGAUCCGACAGGCCUUCUGGCAACAAGCCGUUGCAUGCGUUCGUCGCCGCCUGCCGGAAAUGCCACUGCGCGAGCUUUCCAUGUUUGCGCAAACCUGCUGUACAGUGGGGUAUCGGGACGAAACUCUGAUGGUGGCGGUUGCAGAUGCCAUGUUGGUCUGCUUGCCGACUGAGUGGAAACAGUAUCACCGGUGGCUGAUGACACAAGCCCACAAGAAGAGUGCUGCAGCGACCUCCAGCUCUUGUAAAAAUCGUCAACGGAGUAUAGGGGGGAACGUCCCUAACAGUAUGUCCGGUGCUUGUACCAAGAUCCUGGAUGUGGAUACGAGAUCGGGUUCUCCACUGGAGAACACUUUGUGCUUCCCAAGUGGAGCUCGUCAAUCAUUUCUUCGGACAGCCACUGAGGGCCGGCUAGACAGUGCGGCUGUCACGACGCUGGGAGCAAACUUGUCAUUUCUCCUGUAUGCUUUCGCAUCUCUUGAUAUGCCUGUUCUCAAAAUCUUCCGUGCCGUUGCUGCUUUGUUGCUGGACGAUCGGGACUCUGCGCCACAGGGGUCAGUGGAAUGCGAGGCGAGACAUAGGUUUAUCGGAGAUUCGGUUGGAAUUCCUCUUGCAAUAAGGAGGAACAACCAUCUUCCUGUGCCUCACAGAAUGGGCCAGUUCUUGGCCUCUCUGGAGCCAAGUCAUGUGACAUCUCUUGCCUGGGCUUACUCUACAUUCAUUGCUGGAUCGGCACGGGGCAGUUGUGUGGAGCAUGCCGAAAUGUUGGCAAGCAAAGACCUCGGAGGGGCGAUUCAGAGCGGUGCUCACAAACUCUCGCGUACCCUACUGGGGCAGAGCAGAAAUCGCCUUGCCGAUGAGGCACGCUGCAGGUUAGUCAGCCAGUCCGGGGAAAGGCUGAAUGCCGUGGACGGAGAGUCUUUUGAAGGGGAAAACAACAGCUCCAUCCGGAACAGAAGAACGCACUUUUCAGCAUCCCUGUCAGACAAGAGAAGCGAGCAGCAGCUUCUGUUCGAGCUAAGUGCUUAUCUGGCGACGCAUGCACUCACAUGUAGUUGGCGCUACUCGACAGCUGAAAAGGUACAGCUGUGCUGGGCGUUGUCACUUCAGGAUAUUUUCAUACCCUCCUUUCUGUGGUCGGCCCUUACCGAAUUGGAGUCAGCCAGUAGGCAUUCAACAAAAUCCGCCCGAAUCCGUGCAACUGCAGAUGGAUCACAAUUGCCUAUCGAUAUUGCCACUGGCAUGCCGGGUGAAUCUGCGGAGCCUACGGGUUUGCGUGCUGGAAAUUUGUACGGACGUUCCGGGGAGGGAUUAGGCUCCACCGACUUCGGUGGCUUGCUUGACGUGCAGCCGCUAAAAGACACCCUUCUUCCGCAUAAGCUACAGACGCAGCUGUAUCUGUCGACUCUCUCUUUUUUGACGCGAGGAGAAGUCAGCCUAGUUUUCGGCAGCGCAGAAGACUGGGACAAGUGUUCUCCCGCGAGCAGGGAAGGAGCGUCGCCGCAGCCAGUAUUAAAUCUGAAGCGUCAAAAGCAACAGUCUCGGUUUGCGGCGGAGAGCGGUCAGCGGAAAGCGGAUGAAUUUAGAAGCUCUUCGGCGGUUCACCGAGGUGCGAUCAAGGCCGUGCCAACAAUGCAGAUACGCGGCCCACUCUUGAGUGAAACCGGAAACAGUCCCUCGCUAACCAUUUCCCGGUGUGGUUUGGAACGAGCUCUGGAAAGAGCCGGGGUGGAACAGAUAUCUUUGCCGAUGGCGUUUUUCCGUUGCCGCGCUGCACUGGAUACACAUCCAGACCGCACCCCGCACUACGUUGUUUCCCCGCUGCACAUAAAAGUUUUCAUUGAACUGAGGAAAAUCCUCCACACUCGAGAGGAGAUUCGCCAACAGCCGACAUGCGUUCUCCUGGAGAGAGUAUUCGAUCCACACAGCGUGGUAGGGAAGCUGGCAGAAAAGCAUAGAGGAAAGGAAGGAGAUGGGGCGAGUACGCGCAGAACGUGUGAUCCGCGCUGGGAUGUCGUUCCGGAGUAUAGGGACUCAAGCGGGUUUUGGCUGGACAUUCUGGUGAGGCCACGAGCGGAAGAGACUGCUGCUUGACGCAAAAAUGCGCUAGAAUGUGAACGGGAUGCGGGGGCGCUCUAACAGGUUUGCACUUCUUUUUAUUUUCCAUCGCUCAGAGGGACCGAUGCGUACGCCCAAAAAUCAGGCGUCGGUUUCGCAUGGCCGCCAUCGCUGACCAGGAUGUGUUUAAGUAGCUAUUCGGCAUAAACGCUGCCAGUCCCGUGGCAUCAUGUGUCACUACGGAGUGCAUGGACACGAAAAGUGGGUGUGUCGUUGUGGGGGAAAAGAUCCUUGUGCAACCACGAAAGGUAAAUAACACGGGAUGCCCCAGUUGCUCUUAGCUAACACAGAACGACCCUACCCUCCGCAACAUAAUCUAUUUGAAUUCGAAUAUACUCCCCGCAGUCGCUGUGAUGGCUCAGAUGUCUCGGCCGGAUCUGUUAGGUUGCAGCACUAGUAACCCUGCGAAAUCGUGGCUCUUACAUAGGCGGUUAGCCUCACCAGUCUUCCCAUACACUAGUAAUAGUGUAAGUACAACCGGCCGCUCGUGCUUACCCAGCUCAGGGUUGCAGUUAAGUGGAGUCUGAACAUUCCUCAGCUAC